GGCAGCUGCGAACGCAAGAAAGUACUGCAGAGACUUAUGCCACUCAUGCUGUGUGUGCGGCUUUGUGGUCAUUUUUUGUCUCACCAUUCUCUUCCUAAUCGCAUUCUUCAUUUUCUCCCUCAUAUUUCUUCCUCAAGAACCCAAAUUCACAAUCACUAACGCUUCACUCACACAAUUCAAUCUCUCCACCGCCACCGCCGCCAACUCCGGCCACAACAAGCUCUUAAUCUACAAGCUCUCCUUAAAUAUCACCCUUCGUAACCCAAAUAAGAAGCUUGGCUUUUACUUUGACCGAGUCAAAGUCAUGGCCAACUACAGCAAGAAGAGAUUCGCCUUAGUGACUUUAAACAACACGACGCCGUUUUACCAAGGCCGAAAGAACACUACGAUAUUGCAUAACGUGGUUCUUGAAGGACAGCAAACGAUGUCGUUUAAGGAAAAAGAUGAUGAACAGUAUAAGUUGGAGAUUAGUUCUGGGGUUUACUCUAUUGAUGUGAAGCUUGCUCUUAGGUUGAAAAUCAGGUUUGGUAAAAUCAAGACUGGGCAUCUCAAGCCUCCCACUAUUAACUGCAAUAACCUUAAACUUCCUUUACUUUCUAGUAAUGGAAAUGAGAAUAAUGGUGUGCUCAAUUUUAAGAGUGUCAAGUGUAAAAACGUACAUAUCUUCCUUAGUCGAUAUUGAUGUGUCAUAUUGGAGUUGUACUAAUUCCGUUAAUUAAUAAUUACGAAUUUUUUAAACUCGAAGACUUUAGAAAUAAAAAUAGUAUUAAUUCACA